AUGGAGGAUGAAGCCGCCGCCGACACCACCGACGCGGGCGGUGGUGCCCAGAGUGCUGACCAAGCCAAGGAGAGCACCUCCACUGGGGAAUCAGCAGAGCAAACGGCGGCACCUACAGGGCACCCCGGGGCUAGCCCCAUGGGGCCGCGUUUGAAUAUGCCAAGGAAAUUCGAGAGGCGUCAUAAACUGUCUGUUCGUACUGAGAGGUCGGAGUCGUCGAUACCAUUGGGUUCACCGACGGGAAGUGCUCCGGCGCAUUCUUUUAAAGCGCACAAGGCUCGCACUAAAACCAGGCCACCACGACAGGAGUAUCACUACCCUUUCAAGUGGUAUGAUGACAGUGUUAGCUUCACGAGAGGCACUUCAUUUGCGGUACGGAAUUUCCAACAUCGAAGUCUGAUGGAAUCACUAUGCAAUCGGCGGCCUAUUGCAACGCCUGAUGUUGUUAACCGCGAUAAAACGAGAUAUGUGAUCGAGCGGGUCGAGGAGAGCAAACUACAGUUGGACCCUGAGGUCUUCGAGGAUUGGCCCCAUCUGAGAUCCCAUGACACUCCAGUUAUGCUCCGUCCCUCAGUGGAGGAGACUGGGCUUGCGCAAGACUUCACUGAAGAAAUUACCAUUGGUGUGAUGCUAACUGGUGCAUGGGGCCCAGCGUCGGGUAUACAUAAUGUCGUCUUGGGAGUGAAUGACCAUCUUGAACAAAGAUUCAAGAAGUAUCGUCUGCUGGGCUUCAUGGACGGCCCAAGCGGGUUCGCUAGUGGGAACUUCCUAGAGCUGAAUGCGAUGCCAAACUUGAGUAGUUAUGCCAACCAAGGUGGAUCGGAUCUAUUACGUUACGGUAGCCUCCGUGCCAUGGAUGAGGGCGACUUCAAAGAGAUACAUGCACUUUGCCGCGAAUACGGUCUGCAUGGGCUCGUCGUUGCUGGCGGCCCAGCCGAAAUUUCCCAUGUAUCACAGCUCGUGUGUUAUUUCGAAUCGGUACCGGAGGCUGAGAGGGUGUCGAUAAUUUCGGUCUAUGUGCCCAAAUGGCUGCCCAUCACUCUCGGUUUCGAUUCAGCAAUGACGGUCAGCUGUGAAUUUGCUGGCAACUUGGCAAUGGAUGGUCUCUCAUCUGGAAGGCAUAUCGAUUAUCAUUUCAUUCGGUGUGGUUCGAGUACAGCGACACUGGAGGUGGCCCUUCAAGUGCGGCCGACUUAUACGAUUUUAGCUGAGGACUUGACCCAGUGUGGUCCCGAUGGACGCGUGAAAACUCUGAGGAGUUUGGUAAAGACUGUUGCCAAUUUGAUGAUAACACGUUACCAAAUGCACCGACUCCGGAGCGGCACGAUUCUCAUAUCUGAUGGAUUUUACGAUUUCCUACCACACUUCGCCGAACUCGAGCGUGAAUGCCGUCAACUUCAACAGAAUUGUUCGGAUAUCGAUAAGCCGCCCUCCAUCGACGAUGCUCUCCGACUUUUAUCUCCACCGUGUUUGGACCUCUUCGUACAGCUGCCAAGGUCUGACCAGGAUCGUCUCGUGAAGGCCUAUGAUAUGGAAGGAAAGCCUAUAGAAGUGGGGACUGAACCAGAAAGGCUUCUCGCUAUGCUGGUGAUGGAAUAUAUACGUGUCAUGAACGAGGGCAUUCACAGACGAAAUGCAGCUAAAGAUUUGUGUGGCGGAAAUUCUGGGCCGGGCUCGCAAGGAGGCAGCUCGCUAGCUGGCACUGAGAGCUAUGAUGAGGAUUCUAUUCAAGAUAUGGAGGAGGAAUUCCCCACACCGUGUUUGAGAGUGCACUAUCUCGGCCAAGAAGCGCGGUGCCCUCUUCCGAGCAAAUUCGAUUGCCAAUUUGGAUGGGCGUUAGGCCAGGCUGCAGCAGCGUUGGCGAUAGCACCGAGGGGAAGGUAUAACGGCUACGUGGCAGUUGUGACAGAUUUGCUCGAAGACACUUCUAAGUGGGGCAUCGGCGGGAUUCCGCUAGCUCCCCUCCUCCGAAAGAUUUUUCGUCAGNNNNCAGAAACUGAAGAGAGAGGCUAA